ACCGCAGUCUGCACAAAAACGUUAGUACGCCCGGGAAGCCAUAGCCGAGCGCGAUUACAAUCGUCGUGUGCUCCGAGCGGGAGAGUAUAACUCGAAACUAUGAAAAUUUGAAUGAUAAAUUUUCAAUCAUCGCGUAGCUCUGCCAUGUUGUUGUCCUAAAUCGAAACAUAUCUGAUUGUGAAGUUCAAAGUCGACGUAAGAUGUGAACCAAGUAAACAAUCAACUGCUGAAUAGGAUAAUAUAAUCAUCUUGGUUUGAAGUUAUUUGAUAAACAAGUUCAGUAGAGAGGGUUAUAGUCUGACAAUGCGACCAAGUGUUAUCCUACCAGUGCUCGUGGUGUUUGUGUGCACUCGGGUUGUUAUUACAGAAGCCAAACUCCAGCAACAGGCAACAAUCGAUGUGACGGAGGAGGAUGAGGACGAUGACGAUUACGAUGAUGACUACUCGAAGCCGGAGAUUGAUGACGACGGGAGGAUCUACAAAAAUCCCCGAAACUCACCCUCAGCUAUGUGCCCUAGGGACGAGAGUCAGGCGAAGCUGCUUGGCCAGAAGUGUCUGAGAAAGUGCUCAACGGACGAGGACUGCAAGAGUUCGAAGAAGAAGUGUCGGUGUGACGGUAUCUGCGGUAUGUCAUGCCUCAAGCCGGAGAAAAUGUGUCCUACGUUGCCGGAGAUAUCGUACGGUAAAAUGACAGUUACGGGCAAUUUCUUCGGGGAUACUGUGCAUUACGAGUGUGAUCCGGAUUACUUUAUGGUGGGGCUUGCGGAGAGAAAUUGCCGGGGCGACGGCACUUGGAGUGGUACGGUGCCGGCUUGCAAGAAGGAUACCAAUUCCUUCUGCUCGGAGCCACCGAAGAUCGCUAAUGCUAAGAAUAGCGCACCACUGGAGCAGACGACAUUCGACCUGGAGAAUACUGUGCAGUACUACUGCGAUCACGGUUAUGAGACUAGGACGCUGUUCCAAAGCGCGAAAUGCUUGAUGAUGGAUGGAAAGGUCAGCUGGUUUGGACCGGACAUCGCAUGCAGCCCGAAGAACUGCGGCCCACCUCCGGAUAUACCGAACGGAUGGCACGCGGGUGAGUGUCAUACCUACAACUGUCGGGUUUCCUAUCACUGCGCUGAUGGCCAUGAACUGGUCGGCAGAGCGGAGAAAGUCUGCCUGGCUGACGGCACCUGGACACCGAAGGAUCUUCCUCAGUGCGUUCAAGUAACGGCCGUUCAGUGCCCAUUACCCGAUCAUCCGACCAAUGGAAAAGCCAUUUACACGUCCUACGCUUACAACGCAAUUGUCUCGUACGAGUGCAGAUAUGGAUACAUACUAGUGGGACAGGCGACGAGGAAGUGUCAGGCUGAUAGGAAAUGGUCGGGACAAGCUCCGAUGUGUAAAGAAAUAGACUGUGGCUCACCCGGAAUUCUGUACAACGGAUGGAUCGAGGGUAUUGAUGGGGGGACUGGUCUCGGGGCAAGUAUAAUCUUUCGUUGUGAGACUCACAUGAAGCUCGAGGGAAACACAUCUUCGGUGUGUCAGAAGGACGGCAAAUGGCGAUAUCCCUUGCCCCACUGUCUUGCACCGUGUAUAAUUCCACAGAUUGAGAAGGGUCACAUCACCGUUGAUCAUCACGAUACAUCGCCCGAUCACAUAAACAAUGUCACUGUUGUUGAGCACGGCGAGAAGCUCAGAGUCUUCUGCAUUCCAAAUUACGAGUUCGCUCAGAACAGCACACCAGUUGUCUGCAAUAAUGGGACCUGGAGCAUCAUUCCAACAUGUUCGCCAGCGAGAUGCAAGCAGCUGCCGAGGUCACCGAAGAACGGUAUGGUGAUCGCACCGAAGAUGAAUCACGGAAUGAAGGCUGUGUUCAAGUGUAAAGAUGGUUUUGUUCUGAUCGGUGGUCCUAAGAACGAUUCCUUCCAUGUGGAGUGUCACUACGGUACCUGGAUCGGUCACACUCCUCACUGUGAGGAGGUUUACUGCGCCUUUCCAGGAUACGUGCCCAACGGCAAGGUCCUCCUCGUGGGGAACAUGGGCGUCUACGACUACCGACCCUACGUCAAGAAGGUCCCUAACAACAAGCAAAUUAUGUACGACUGCGACAAGGGUUACGUCCUGAGUGAGGGUCCUCCCGGUGCAACUUGUGUCGGUGGCAAAUGGAGCCCAACAGAACUACCGGCAUGCCUACCAGGACAGCAUCCGCGAAUUCGAUGGAGCAGACGAAGAAGAUCUGUCGAUGAACUGCAGGCGUCAGUCAACUCAACGACAAAUUUCAAAAAGUUCAUUGAAUUCUUUCGGCGAGUUGGCAAGAAGUUGCUGCACAUGGAAUUGGAUAAAGCACAAGAAGCCGAACGACGGGAAUUGGAAGCUGAGGAGGUCGGUAACUUUACAGCUAUUCCCUUGGGGUUAGUUGAUAAUAAACCCCAGAAUAGCUCGGAUAAACUUGAUAUCAAGAUUCAUUCGAUAAAUUCCAGCGGUACUAUGGAUAACCUGUUUGUUAGGAAGAAGCAUUCAUCCCACCGUAAUAAAUCACGCUCCAAGGAUGAUAAGAUGAUAGACUUCCUGAAGAUUGUUUAUCGUAAACUCAAACGCAUUGAUUCGAGGAGAAACAACACCGGUGUUAAUACAACCAUGCACGAACUACUCAAUCUCAUGACCAAAAACUUCUUCCACGUUGAUCUUGCCGAGUCUCGUCGUAACAAUACAAAUCGCAAUCACGAUAGCUUUGAAAUCCGCAAUCAACGGGAAUUCACUAAAUUAAAACGUGAAUUCGAGAGGAUAAUGAAGUUUUACAACAAAUCACUGAGGUGGAGUGAGAAACAGAGUAGAAAAGACUCGAAGCGACGAAAGACUGAACACAGUGAUGAUAAUAAAGUUUCCAAAGACAAGAAGCGAAAGAAGGGAGCUAGGUCCAAAAGCUAUUACCGCGGUUUCUACGAGUUUAUCAAUGGCUAUGUCAACGAAAAAUUAUCAAUUUUGGAAUCGCAGAAUGGAACUGACGAGCUCAUGAGAAAAAUGAACAUUGACAAGUUCACCGUGCGCAACGGCACAACAUUCACUGUCGGCGAAAUAUACGCGUUCUUCAAACAUAUCAUAGAUAAUAAAUUGCAUUCGGAGGAUGUAGUGACAAUGCCGGAGUCACCUUCAUCGUCAUCAGUAUCAUCCAUCACUCCGGGGACAAAUGAUAAUCAAACAACUUCAUCAACUGCAACAUCAUCAACCACAGAGUUUCAUCUGGAUAACGAGAUACCGAACUCGGGAAACAAAAGCGAGAUAGCUAAGCACCGCACCAAGAGAAUAAGAAAUGCCAGUGAGCAAACAACAAGUGUACCCCAUCAAAAUCGCAAACUCCUGUCAGUAAAUUCACCGUUGAGCAGCUCAAAGGCAUCAUCGUCGCGCACUAGUACCACUCAAUUAUCAAAAUCAAAGCAAUUUACACUGAAUGGUCUCGAUGCACAGCAGCAGAGCCGGACAAAGAGAUUUCUACCACCAUCUGAGUUGGAUAAUCAAAUUUUUCUUAAGAAUCUUUAUCUCAAUGCUUACGAGGAUGAGUACAGGGCCAAUGUUCGUCGUUCGAUUACACAGGACAGUGGACGCACUAAUUGGACAGCUCUGAGACGUCGCAAGGGCAAUCUCGGUUAUUAUUCGAUCAAGUGAGGGGAAUAAUUUAUUUGUGAUAUUAUGAAGAAAAAUCAACAAAAUAAUUCAAAAAACAAUUUAUUAAAACAUUUACCAAUUAUCGAAUGAAAAUGAAUGAUUUUAGGUGACUAUACACAAUAUUAUACAAUAGUUGAUGGUUAAUCCUUUCACCUUCCAACACUGUAAUGUGUAUAACUGCUUUUUUGAAUAAAAAUGGAAAGUAAAUGAGAGA